AUGCCGGUGAAUAAGUCGGUGCGGGCUCGUACGGAAGACCAGCCCAUCUACCCCAUUGGCAUGCCUCAGGCGCGAGGAUCUGAUUCCAAGAUCCUACCUAUCCGAGAGGUGGCUAUGAUGCUGCUGAUGGAAAAGCUGACGGACAAGCCAAACUGGCACGAAAAGGUAUUUGACGACGCCAUUGUGCGAAAGUGGUGGCAGGAGGCGAGGACGCAGUCGGAAAACAGCCUCUUUGCGCGCAUCAUGGAGGGGAAGCAGGUGUCGAGCGAGCAGAUUCCCAUGCCUCAGACCAGAAUCAUCUCUGAAAAGGCUUUUGACUUUUGCAUUGCUGAGCUGCGCAAUAAAGCUGCGUAUUUUGCUCAAACCGGGCUGAUUCCUACUCUUGACUCGGCGGGGAACACCGUUGUUAAGUCUGAUACCGUUGUCAGCUCUCAGCUCUGGGAUGAGUUGAAGACAUCGUUUGAGACGCUGCGGGCAGACCAGGCUGGCAACGUGGACUGGCACCCUGGGACGAACGACAUGGUGCAGAAUCUGAUUCACCCAUCCAUGUACCCGUUCGUCUUUGGCCGAUCGAGCUUCAUCUUUGAAGAAGUCGUCGACAGAGAAAACGCCUUUGCGUCCGUCGGCAAAGGCAGCAUUGUGCCUGAAAUCACCCGCCUGCCAGAUUAUGGAUCAAGGUUCAUGGACAUGGCCUGGCAACUAAACAGCAUAGGGGUUGUCCCGCCCGAAUAUCGCUCGAGCCUAUAUCAAUGGCUGCCAACCAAUGUAGUCUUUCGAGAGGACGGGACGGCCAAGUUGACCAGCUAUGUCAACAACUUACAUCCGCGGAAAUACCCAGCAAUUUAUGAGGCGAUUGAACACGCCAUUGAUGCAGCCAUUCCGGCGUGGGAUCAGUGCCUCCGCGAGAAUCUGGGUUACAGAGAGAACAUUGUCGCCGGGCGAGACGACUCGCGCUUUGACUUGGUCAUGGAUGCCAGCGACGAAGACGAUGAGCUGUGGACAAGCUCAAUGGUGUAUCGGUUGCCGGAGGACGACGCGUAUCGAUAUAGGUAUAUAAAUCCAGACAAGAUCAAGCCAAGCAUGGGUGAAAGAAUCAUCCCUGGAAAAUGGGUCGUGGACCGAGAAGCGAUCCUGCCGGAGCCGAACCGCUGGGAGGAGAAUGACUAUGACUACACUCCUCCGCAGAGGCUGCGCGAGAAGUUCAAGGAGCACGGGCUGCAGGUCAUUGUCAAGAUGGCCAGCAUCGAGCUGACGCCGGAGAAGCCCUAUUUUCCGGCUGGGUCGUGGCAUGUUGAGGGGCAGAUGAACGAGAGGAUAUGCGCGACGGCGCUGUUCUACCUCGACAGUGAGAAUGUCACGGACAGCCAUCUGUCGUUUCGCAUGCAGACGGACAGCGGGCUUCAGGAGGAGAUUUACAGUGGCCAAGACCAGUAUAACUACCUGGAGCGUGUCUAUGGCACGCCUCUCGGACAUGGCUCGCCCUGUCUGCAGAACUACGGGGAUGUGCGAACGUGCCAGGGACGGCUGCUCGCCUUUCCAAACGUCUUUCAACACCGAGUCUCGUCGUUCCGGCUCAAGGACGCCACCAGGCCGGGGCACAGGAGGUUCCUGGCGCUGUGGCUGGUUGAUCCGCACGAGCGCAUCGUGUCCACGGCCAACGUGCCGCCGCAGCAGAUGGACUGGUGGAGCGAGUCGUUGCCAGACAUGAAGAGGGAGGACGGCGUGAAAGAAGCAGUUCCGGAGAGCCUCAUGACGGUGGAGGAGGCGCGGGAGCACAGGCUGAGGCUGAUGCACGAGCGGUCGCGGUACGAGGCCAAGGCGGAGCAGACGGUUGAGAGUAUGUCGUACAAUUUCUGCGAGCAUUGA